UGUAAAAUACAAUGUAAAAUAUAAAAAUACAGUUUUAAAUACGAAACACACACUGUCAUUUAGCUCAUACUGUUACAAUUUAAAGUAUUCAUUAUGUUCCGCACAUUUUGUUGCAUUAUAAUGAAACGUGCAUCAUUUGACAGGAACAAAGCCAAACCAUUUUGAGAUGAAGAGCAUUCUGAAGAAGAAGAACCUGAAGGGGGAGAACUCCACCCAGAGCAGCUCCAUCGGGGCGGUGAGAUGGCCCCAGAACGAGAUGUACGUCCAGCAACACAGCUCCGCCCCCAGCCGAAAGACCUCCACACCUGCACAGAACCCCCGACAGAACGGCCUGAAGGACCUCCGCAGCCUGCAGGAUUGUGUGGAGUUCAUCAACGACUGGAAGGCCCAGGUGGACCACGUCUGUCAGCAGGGCAGCGGGCGACCAGAGGACGGCGGCGCCGGCAGCACUACCGACGAAGGACGGGUGGAGCGCAGUUUGGAACAGAGCCGCCAACUCAUCCUGGAAUGGGCGGGCGAGCUCCGACACAUCGACGCGCUGCUCAGGGACACGCCUACACCCACGCCGACGGCAACCAGGGCUGAAGAAGAGGAGGAGGAGGAGGAGGAGGAGGAGGGGCCGAAGGAGGAGACUCAGAUGAGGAUCAUGCGAUGGGCAAAGGAGCUACAGGACGCCUCAGUGAUUUGCGGCAUUGAGCGUGAGGAGCUGGGCCAGAUGUUGAGGCUGCUUGGGCAGAGGAAGAGGAAGCUGGUCCACCUUCUUCCUCUGCUGGAGUUCAUCACCUGGUCGCUGCUCAAGGAGGACCGCACGAAAAUGAUGCCGCAGUUCUGGUUGCUGGCCAAGCAGCGCAGCUGGGAAGCAGGGGUUGCCCGAUACAUCCCCAACUCAGUCUGGAGUUGGAUCACCAGUGCCACAGCCGACGUCACCCUGGACCCCAUGACCAACAACCCGUGGCUCCAGAUCUCCGAGGACCAGCGGGGGGUCCAGGAGGGUCUCGCCCAGGCCCCAGACCUCCCCUACAGCCCGCAGCGCUUCACCGGCUGGCCGGGGGUCACGGGCUGGGAGGGCUACGGCCGCGGGCGCCACUACUGGCAGGUGGACAUCGCCAACACCGGCGUCUGGCGGGUGGGCGUGACCGCCGUCGACGCCAAACGCCGCGGGCGCGUCCCCAUGUCGCCGCGCCGCGGCUACUGGGCGCUGUGGCGGAGCGCGCAGCAGUUCUACGCCUGCACCGAGCCCGAGCCCACCCCGUUGCCCCUGGCGAUGGCGCCGCGACACCUGGGCGUCUAUCUGGACUACGAGGAGGGCCAGGUGUCGUUCUACAACGCCAAGACCCAGACGCACAUCUUCACGUUCACGGGGAGCUUCCGGGGGAAGAUGUACCCGCUGUUGGCGCCGCUGGACGGACGCACGCGGCUGGAGGUGCGGCCGCCGCCGCCGCCGCCGCCGCCACAGCUGCCACGCAGGGGGUCCGUCCUCGGGGAGCUGAAGUGAGGGAAGGCGGGUUUUUACCGGGAGAACGCCGGGAUUGCGGUGAAAGGGAAGGGGACGCGAGGCUCCGGGCGGUUCAUGGAUAACGCCUUGGGACACUUCGGGACUGCUUGGAGGCUAUAUGCUAGAUUGGAUUAUGCCGGGGACCACUUGGCGUCGAGUUUAGAGCUUCCUUCUCCAACACUGAAUUGCUCAGAGUCAUUUUUUUCCUGCUCGCUGAAGAUUUUUAAUCAAAUUUCACGAAAGGCUAAAUAUUCGUUUGCUUUCAAGGAAUCUUUUCUUGUCGAUAGCGGAAGACCAAAGGCCGACAGGAUUGUAGGUAGACGGCGAUUAAAAAACAUUUCUUUAUAACACUGCUUUAAUUUACGAAUUUGUUAUCUAGAAAUGAUCUACGCGUAAAAUAAUGUGGUAGCCUAUAUGUGUAUAUAUUUUUGGAUAAACCAAAACCACAAGUGGAACCAGCCAAAGUAAGCUAGAUUUUGAAGGUAUACAACCGAAAAAAUCCCACCACUCCCUUUGAACCUCCCACUCCCUCUUAAAGG